CCUAAUUAUCUCCGCCCCCUCCUCCACCCUCGAUCCUCUCACAGCGUGUGAGAGACUAGAGACAGACAGCAGGAAAACAAAGAAAAGCCAAAAGCCUAUACCAUGUCCGUUGCCCCCCGAAAACCUCCGCUCGUUUAGCUCAAAAAAUCCUCCUCCGUCAAAUGACCCGGGGAUCGGACGGCGAGAAGCGCAGCCGUCCCCACCAGCCCCAUCCGCCCUCGCGAUCCAACGGCCCCGCGAUGCGCAUCGUCGUCCCCCUGCAGGGCGUCGUCCAGGGUCGCGGCGGCCUCGUCCUCGGCUCCCUCCUCCCCUGCGCGCUCUUCUACUUCCUCCAGCUCUACCUCAAGCGCCACCGCUCCCCCAAGAACGACCCCUCCGCCUCCGCCUCCGCCUCUGCGUCCAUCAUCCCUCGCACCCUCUCGCGCGGCCAACUCUCCCCGCGCGCCCAACCCCCGCUCUCCGCGCGCGCCGCCGCCCUCGCCCGCCCCGACGACGACGACUCCCUCUACUACGCCGGCCUCCGCCGCUGCGCCGCCGACCCCUACCACCCGACCCGCAACCCCGACGGCGUCAUCCAGCUUGGCCUCGCCGAGAACCAGCUAUCGCUUGAUUUGGUGCAAGAGUGGUUGGUUAAGAACGCUAAGGAGGCAUUGCUCGGCGAGGACAAAGAAGAAGGUCUGAAUAUCAGAGGUUUGGCGACUUAUCAGCCGUUCGACGGUUCGAUAGAUUUGAAGAUGGUAACUAACGCUGUGGCUGGAUUCAUGGGUCAAGUCAUGCGAGGAUCAGUUUCGUUUAAUCCAUCCCAGAUUGUUUUAACUUCUGGUGCUACUCCUGCGAUCGAGAUUCUAAGCUUCUGCCUAGCAGAUACGGGAAAUGCUUUCCUUGUUCCUUCACCAUAUUAUCCAGGAUGGGACAGGGACAUUAAGUGGCGUAGCCGGGUAGAGUUAGUUCCUGUUCCCUGUCGAAGCACUGACAACUUCAGUUUUAGCAUUGCUGCUCUUGAACGAGCCUACACUCAGGCAAAGAAACGAGGAUUAAAAGUCCGUGCCGUUCUCAUCUCCAAUCCGUCAAACCCUGUUGGCAAUUUGGUGAAUAAGGAAACACUGUACGGCCUCCUUGAAUUUGUGACAGAGAAGAACAUACACUUGAUUUCUGAUGAAAUAUUUGCUGGAUCAACCCAUGGGAAAACUAAGUUUGUUAGUGUGGCGGAGGUUCUAGAUGCUGAAGCUCUCGACAAAAGUAGGGUUCAUAUAAUAUACGGGCUUUCUAAGGACCUCUCCCUCCCAGGAUUUCGAGUUGGGGUCAUCUAUUCCUACAAUGAAAAUGUCCUAAAUGCUGCAUCAAAGCUAGCUCGAUUCUCAUCAGUUUCUGCGCCCACCCAACGUUUGCUCGUCUCAAUGCUUUCCGACUCGAUGUUUAUUUCAGAAUAUUUGGAAACAAACCGAGAGAGGCUGCAGAGAAUGUAUAGAUUAUUUGUGGAUGCUCUUAAACAACUAGGUAUUGAGUGUGCGGGAAGCAGCGGAGGGUUUUACUGUUGGGUAGACAUGAGCAAAUUUAUACAAUCAUAUAGUGAGAAAGGCGAGCAGAAACUGUGGGAUAAGCUAUUGACCAUAGCUAAGGUCAAUGUAACACCGGGCUCUUCUUGCCAUUGUAUCGAGCCAGGGUGGUUCAGGCUCUGUUUCACUACAUCAACUGAGAAGGAUAUACCGGUAGUCAUCCAAAGGAUUAGAAAAGUUACUGAGAGCCACAGAAUGAGCCAUUGAAAAUGUUACAAAUUCCUCAUCUCUAGUUGUAAUUUGCCUUCUCUUUGAGCGCAAGGAAGAUUGCAUCUUUAGAUUUACCAAUCGAGCAAAAUAACAUCAUAGAAGUGUCCGCGAAGACCUAUGUUCGUUUUAGCAAGAAAUUGAUAUUGUCGGCAGACCCCAGGGCCAGUAGGUAUAGUUUGGUGAUUAUGAAGGGAUUCAUCAAAUAACUGCUCUUGUGCCUUGAAGAAUCUAAUUGGUUCAAACUUCUUCGAGAAUCUAAUUUGUUCAAACUUGAUGCUGCUGAAAAGAAGAUUGGUUAUCUUGCCAGCAGAUUCCGAGAGGGGAUUUUAAUGUGUUGCAGCCGCUGCCUCAGCAAUGACAUGUCAGGGAAUUUUCGAAGUAGCAUCAGUACCAUCUCCUCAGUUGCGAGUGUAAAGCAUUAGAUCCUGAAUGGUUAGUGUUUGAAAAAGAAUCGCUAUAUUCUUCAAAAUAUAAACCAUAUUCUUUUUUCUUCUCUUU